GAAGCAGGACAAAGCACAAAGAUAAAACAACUGGAGACCAACCUUGGAAAGCCCAACAGCUUCUUGCAAAACAUCGACAUGAAGACCAUUAUUUCUAUUUCUUUACUUUUGACUGCUCUCUUUCUGGUCUCUGAGACUGUCCAGGUUCAGGAUGGAGAAUAUUCCUUCUCAUCUGAUUCAGUGAGGGUCCUUCAGAGCCUGUUGGACAAAAGCUCUGUCUCCAAGAAGCAGAAUCCUCACCUAAUCAAGACCAGCUAUGCUGCUGUUUGUGGCAACCCAACUCUGCCCCAGGAGUUCAUAGAGCUUUGUCAUAAAAGUGACUAUGCCCUGGUCUUCUCAAGACUGGCUAAAAUUAAUAUGGAUAUAUGUGACAUCUGUGGUUUUGCUGCCUGUACUGGUUGUUAGACCUCUUUAAUAAUUGUGACUAUUUUCAUGCACCCAAGUAGCAACAGAGUGUUUUUGAAACUGUUACCUGUUUAAAAGCAAAAGUGUAAUCCCACUUAGUCUGACAAAAUGAUGACAAACUGGUAUUUCUCUCUGUUACCUCAUGUUUAUUUAUCAAUUUGAUGUAGAAUAGUUUUUUUUCUAUUUCUGUGUGUAUGUUUGGUGGUCACAUGUUAUUAUGUUCAUCAUUUCAUACUUGCAAUAAAAAAGUAUUUAGAACUA